CUUUGGCAUAUGGCUUUAACAUUGAUGGGAAAAGUAUUCGUCUGUUUAUUGUGGCUAGAGAGAAGAUGUUCACAUCUGCUGCUAAAACCCUGUUGAGGAAUCACAUUCGCCAUGCCGACACUCAUAACAGGAUUGUGGAGGAGUCGGAGAUGUGGGCAUGUCAUAGCAAACUAUCUCAGAUCAACAAUUAUAAAGCUAAAACUGACAACCACAGAGUGAGAGAUCAUACAAAAUCUAGAUACGACCAUGAAAGAGGGUCCAACAAGUUCAAAGGUCAAAGUGACAGCCACGCUUCCUUCCUUUAUGAUCAAAGAGAUGAUUCAGAGUCGCCUGAAGAUCGUGGAGGUGCCUAUAUGGAUAGACUUGGGUCCAGUAAUGUUGUAUCCAGUCGUGACUUAGAACGGGCAAGGAAGUCACAAAGAUCCAAUCAGGAGUUAAAAGGAGUGGAUCGUUGGGACCACAGUGGAUUCGAGAAGCAGAAUCCUAAUGAUAGACGGGAACAUAAGCGUAAGAGGAUGGUCAAAACUGAUAAUGAAGACAGAUGGGGCCAUAGUGGAUACAAGAUGUUGUACCCUGGAGAUUUUGACAGCGAUUCUUCCAUCGACCACAGGAAAACAAGAAAGAAAGACAGAAAGAAUAAAAAGAACAAAAAGGACAAGAAAAGAAAGAAGAAAAAAAGUUCUGGAAAAAAAGAUCGUGAGGACAGGAAGAAAUCAUUGGAGAGAGAACAAACAGAGGUGGGCCAAGUCAAAUCUGAAAUAAGUAGUCGGAAGACAAGCUCUGAUCUUCUACUCCUGCAAAGAUUCACCAGAGAAAUUCGACCUAAGAAACCGUCAAAGCCGAGAAUGAAAAUGAGGACUUGGAGUAGUGACAGCUCAGCCGACUCGACACCAGACAGUCGAGACAAAUCAGGGAUUCACAGGAAAACUCAGGGAAAAACUAACAGAUCUAGUGACAGUUCAUUUGAUUCAAGUUCAGACAGUGACAGUGAAGUAAACAGUAGAUACAAAGAAAGGAGAAAGACGAAGAAGCAGAGAAAAAGAAAGAGAAGACAUGAAAGUGAUGAAACAGAUUCUGAUCGCGGAGAAACUUGUCCAUCAAAUGAAAAACGAGUUUGUUCUGUCCGGACGCCUUCCUCAAGUGAUUCUGCUGAAGAAAGUUCAGGUAAAUUUAUGUUAGACAGAAAGAAAGUGCAUAAGGUGAAAAAACGAAGAAAAAGGAAGAGACGACAUGAAAAUGACGAGUCAGAUUCAGAGAGAAAUUAUCAGUCAAAUGAAAAACAAGUGUCCUCUAGAGCAUCAGGAUCCUCUACUGAAGAUAACUCAGGCAAAUUAAUCUCAGAUAAACAAACUGAUCUAAAGAGAUUUUGUGAAAAUUCUGAUUUUUCAGACAAAUCUGAUUAUACCACAACAAAAAAACAUAAAAAGAAAAAAAAGAAACACAGAUAGGAGAGAAGUAUAUACUCUUGGAAUACAUGAUUGAAAUUAGGACAAUAUUACUUUUACCUGAAGUAGUUAAUAGAAAGUGAAAAUGGAAACAGGCACAGACACCCAACCACAGAUGAUAAAACUGACCAUUACACAUGGUUGCUGCAACAGUUUUUAUCGUAAAGGUGCUAAAAUGCUGUACACACUUUGAUAUGAACUUGCAUAUAGGUAUAUAUUUAAAACAAAAAGAGGCCUACAUUGGAAAUUAUAAAGUAUAAAUUUG